AGUUAACACUGAACCCUCCGGAAGGCAUCGUGGCAGGCCCCAUGAAUGAAGAGAACUUUUUCGAAUGGGAGGCGCUGAUCAUGGGCCCAGAAGACACCUGCUUUGAGUUUGGUGUUUUUCCUGCCAUCCUGAGUUUCCCCCUCGAUUACCCGUUAAGCCCCCCGAAGAUGAGGUUUACCUGUGAGAUGUUCCAUCCCAACAUCUACCCGGACGGCAGAGUCUGCAUCUCCAUCCUCCACGCGCCGGGCGACGACCCCAUGGGCUACGAGAGCAGCGCGGAGCGGUGGAGCCCGGUGCAGAGCGUGGAGAAGAUCCUGCUGUCGGUGGUGAGCAUGCUGGCAGAGCCCAAUGACGAAAGCGGAGCUAACGUGGACGCUUCCAAAAUGUGGCGGGAUGACCGGGAGCAGUUUUACAAGAUCGCCAAGCAGACCGUGCAGAAGUCCCUGGGGCUCUGAGGCCGCGCCCACGGGCAGCGUCCAGUGUUUCUCCUCCGGGACUCUUAGUGACUGUGACACUCUGUGCUGGUACCAAAAAAGGCAAGCUUGCAGCCCGCGGCAUUCAUGUUCCUUCCGCCUUUCCCAUCCCAAGCAGGCUUCUCCUCCGAGGGGCUGAUCCGUGUCGGAUGAUGCCAGCGGGAUCAGCUUUCGCGUUCCCAGCGAGGCGGCUCAGCCAGAUCGUCACCUCUCCCAGCUGACGUGCCUGCGAGUCCGACAGGUAGUGGCUUUCCUUCCCCCCCGAGCGCUGAGGGGUGUGCGCCGGCCUCCCUUGGGACUGGAACCGGUAAUACUCCCGAAGAAGUGGGGCCUGUGGCCCAGGCAGGGGGCCGGGCCCGGCGACCGCGUGGGUCCCUCUGGUCCCGCGCGCCCACAGGGUGCGCCCGACUUCGCUUCAGCACUUCACGUUCCACGAACAGAUUUUUUUUGUAAUUUGGUUACAUUUUUUCCAUUCGUUGGCUAUUACAAGUUAUCACACUUAGGAAUAAUUUCAGGACAUAAAUGCAUUUAAAGAUGCAGAUUAAUGACAAAUAGGCACAUAGGAAAGAAGUUUAUUGUCAUAAAGACCAGCAAUUUUUCCUGAUCAUAUUCAUCAAAAAAAUCAUCUGUCUUAGUUACUAGUGCAGGCACGAGACUGAAAGUUUUUGUCAUAGUUUCUUCUGGAUCUGUAGGAGUUUUGUCUUUUCCAGUCUCAAAACUGGGAGUUCUAGGCUUUUGUACGUUGUGGCUGCAGCAGAAAAGUAUUGGGACAAAAUCGUCCUUCACAGCUUGGAGCUGGAGGGGAAGCUGCUGUGAGCGCUGAGCACGGGCCUGCCUUAUCCCCGACCCAACGGCGCCCGUGGCAGCGGCGCCCCCGGGCCCGCGGUGGGCACAGAGCACACGCUUGUGGUUUGUGGUUGGACGCGGUCUGGCCGUUCCGCAGCACAGGCGGCUCUCGGGCGGCAGGGUGCCAGGGUGCCAGGGUGCCAGGGCUCCCUUAUAAGCAAUAACACACCUGUCGCGUGCAGUCACACGUGGCCUGUUUCACACAGGUCGAAUUUAAAUAGGAAUUUCUAUUUUUGAAACAGGGACGGUCUACAAGACAUACAGCCAGUUUUCCUUUGCUCGGUCCUUUCCUUCCCUCGUGUGGUACGUCUGGGGACAGGCGUCUGUGCUACCGCAGCCCCACACGUGAUGUCCUGGGUGCGGGCUCUGCUCGGCCUCUGUGGAGCCCAGGGUCCCUCCUGCUCAGAGGGCAUCGUUUGGGAUGUGGGCUUCAUCCAGGACUUGUGUUUGGAGGGGGCGGAGAGAGGUUUGCGCCUCAGUAGUUUGCAGGCGCGCUUGCAGGAGGCGAGGCCUCUCCGCAGAGGGACAGCGUGUGGGGACAGGGUCCACGUGUGCUGCAGCCCCAGUAGCAGGUGGCCACGGGGUCUUCCGUGAAUCGAGGAGAGGGAGAGGCAGUCUCUGCAAAGCAAAGUAUUUUUAUUCAUUUGUAUUUAUUAAAUGGAUAAAAAGAAAAUCCCACGGUUAAAAUAAAGUUAUAUAUUUUCCCCCACCCUGCACUGUGUUU